UUUCCUUUUCUUGCCCGGGGUAGCUCUUCCUCAAACAGUCAGAGUCAUUCUGCCCCGAUGAGACUGCGAUUCAUCAACUUCAUCACGGCCCUGGUGUGUCUGCCCUCCUGCUUCCAAAUGAGUCGUGUGUUUGUCUAUGGCACCCUGAAGAAAGGGCAGCCAAACUACUUCCGCAUGUUUAACAGCACCAAUGGGAAGGCUGAGUUCAUCGCCUCGGCUUGCACCACUGAGAAAUACCCACUAGUGAUUGCCGGCAAGCACAAUGUCCCUUUCCUCCUCAACAUCCCCGGCCAGGGACACCGAGUCAAUGGAGAGAUCUACAAAGUGGACGACGCGAUGCUGAAAUUCCUGGACGACUUUGAGUGUGUCCCCACCAUGUAUCAGCGGACUCUGAUCAGUCUGGAGGUGAAGCAGUGGCUGGGGCAGACAGAGGGAGAGGAGACGGCGUCACGGGGAAGCAUCACGGAGGCCUUCGUGUACAGCACCACAUCGUACCAGCCAGACUGGCCCGCACUGCCCAGCUAUGAGAGCUACGACGCAUAUGGAGAUCACGGGCUCAAGUACGUGACCAGAGAAGCACGAGAUUGAUGGAGCUUUCUGGUGCAUUUUCUUUUUGCCUCCUUUUUAUCUCAGUGCAUUAGCUAAUUAAAAUUGUCUUUAUUUUAAUUAUUAUAGAUCAACUAUGAAAUAUAAAAAUCUAAUUAGAGAGCUUUUAUUAUAAUGUAAUUCCUACAAUAUACACUUUCUUAUUUAGUGCCAGUUCUGUUGAGCAGACGCGCAUCAAUUUUCUUUGUUUAAAAGGAACUACAGUCUAAACGGACCCGCUUGCUCAUGUAUCAUCUGUGUAAUAUUUCAACACAUUAUGUUGGUCUCAUAAUGUAAUUUCCUUGCAGGUCUCUAAUUGAAUUGACUCAUUUGAGGUUACUAAAAAGGCUUUACACUUUGUGAAACGUUGCACUGUAAAUACAUUUCAAAGGGCAUGCAUCAUUUACUUGCAAUUUCCAAUUACCUGAGACAGAAAUACCACAGUAGUGAUUAACAUGUUGAACUGUACGUGCAUGUAACAAGCUGUGUAACUCAUCUCCUUCUACCUGAGGCCAUCCACUUAUCAGUCACCCCUCAUCGACUUCCUUUCAGACAGCAUUUGGAACGCUUGUGUGUGUGUGUAAAUGUGUUAAGUCAGAAGGUGACAUGACUUGAAUGUGCUUCUCUAAAUUACAAUGAUAAAAACAUUCAAAGAAGGCAUUAUGAAACACUGGAGUAACCACACAAAAGCUGCGUUUGGUUACUUGAAUAUGUCCUUUGUCCCAGAGCUUGACCUUUUGUACCCAUGAUUACAUUCUGCUUUGUUUUUCACAGUUUUCCUUUAUGUUAUCUUGUUCUAAUCCCACGAGGGGCUGCGUAACUGUGAAAAGCAGAUCAAAAAAUAAA